AUGGCGCUCGUCCUCGCGGCGACGCCCGCGUACGCGCUCGACGCGCGCGCGACGCGUGAGAUCGUAAACGUGAGCGAGACGGCGUUCGGGGUGGAUUACGACGCCGCGGCGAGUAAGAGGUAUAACGUGCGGGAGAAGUACGCGAAGAAACCGACGCCCGAGCCGAGGCGAUUCGUUCGACCGGAACGCGCCGAGGCGCCGGCGGUGGCGACGCCGGCCGCGGCGGCGGGCGGUGGGUUUUCGCUCCCGAGCUUUUCGUUGCCGUCGUUGCCGUCGCUGCCGUCGUUCGGCGGUGAGGGCGCGGCGGAGGCGCCGGCGGCGGAGGCGCCGGCGGCGGGGGAAUGA